UUACACGUACAUUGUUGUCACACACAUUUUAUCAGGGCCAUACUGACCGGCAAAUUAUACAUUUACAAAUAAUACCUUGCAAGGUUGUACAAACAUUAUUACAACAGUGGGUACGGUGUGAACACAAGGGUACAUUCUGUCCCCUACCUUCCCCCUCUCGGUCCUUUGUUCACGAGGUGGGGACUUUUCUCAGCUUCCCUGAAAUACAUAAACCAUGGGAACUUGCAUUGUCGCUCUGGCCUCCUUUCCCCGGAGGCCCCUCCACCUCUGCCCAGAGCAAAAUCCCAAUCAACUGUGCCCUGCAGCUGCAGGGAUGUCACCGCCUCUGGGUUCCAGGACUGGCAGACUCUGUUAAUGGUUCAUUCGCUCGUGUAUAAGAGGCUGGAGCAGCCCCUGAAGGAGAGAGAGAGGCAGGAACCUCACAGCUCCACAGACACCCAGGAACUGCUCCUUCCCCUGGCACGGAGUCACCCCAGGUGUCCCUCGCAUUGUCCUGCUGGAAGCUGUGAAGGCCCAUCCCGGCCAGCGAUGCUGAUCCUGAGCUGUCCCUCCAAGCUGCGGCUGCUGGAGGGGAUGCUACGGCAGGGCCUGCCUGACAUGCUGCCGGUCUACGGCACGGUGAUGCAUGUGAACCGCGGGAACCCGGCUGGCCAGGAGGUGCUGGUGGAUUCAUGGCCAGAGUUCAAAAUGGUCCUCACCCGGCCACGCAGAGAAGUGGCGCGGGACCCAAGUGAUUAUUUCACCAACUUGUACACGGCCUUUUACCGGGACGAGGGCGCCUGCCGGGCCCUGCUGGGGAACAGCCGCGCCAUCGACUGGGGCCAGGCCUUCCAGAUACUGGGGCUGCAGGACGGGGUACAUGAGAACAUCAGGGACAUUGCCAGGGCCAGGGGGCUUGAGAUGGAGACGCAUCCGCACCGGCUACUACUGCACCCAGACCCGCCUGCCAUGCCCCAGUACCGGCCUGAGAAGGGGCUCAGGCUGGCCCCCGUGUCCCCCGCCCACGCCAUGCUGCUCAGAGACACCUGGCCGUUUGGGGGGAACAGCUGGAGCCUGCGCUACCUGAGCCUCCUGAUCCGCCACUUCCCCAACGCCUGCCUGCUGGCCCCUGAGGGGACCCCCAUCUCCUGGUGCCUCACCGACCCACUGGCUGCCCUGACACACGGUUACACCCUCCCGGAGCAUCGUGGCCAGCACCUCGUGAGGUCCGUGGUGGGGACGCUGGCAGCACAGUUGCAUGCCUGCAGCUUCCCUGUUUACGGCUGGGUGCUGCCCCACAACGAGCCUUCGCUGCACACCCUGCAACGCCUCGGCUUCCACAUCCUGCCUGGGGUGUUCUACCUGCUGGUGGUGAGGCCUGGGUUCGCCCAGUCCCAGCCAGCCAGUGCCCUGGACUCGGCUCAGGACCCUGCGCCCAGCUCUGGGGAACGGCAACACGCCCAACAGCACGUAGCACAGGGGGAGGGGAGCGGAGGAGAAGAGGACACGGCCUAGGGCCCUGCACCCAGCUCUGGGGGACAGCCACGCUCUGCCAGCACAUAGCCGUGGGGGAGGGGAGGGGAUGGGGACAUGGCCCAGCCAUGCCCAGGGACCUCCUGCUCUGCUACCCCCCAUGAAGGGGACACACUGACCAGGCACCAGGGGAGCUCAGCUGUCAGCCCUUGGGAAGCCGGGGCCUGGUGGAGGAGACUCUCUCAUGCUCCAUUAUCCCCUGCAGCAGGGCAGAGGCUCAGUAGGGGGCGCUCUCCCCUGGCAGUCAGGGCUGGCCCCAAAGAGACCAGGGUGAGGGCUCAGCAGGGGGUCUCUCUCGCUCCCUUCCCCAGGCAGUUUGUUGCUCGGCUGGGCCUGUGGUGGUGGUGUGGGGGGGUCCCCGUUCCAGGUGCUGCGCCUGGUCUUGCCAGAGCUUUGGUGCAAGCUCCCUUGGGCUCCGAGCACAUGUCCCAGCUGUGGCCCACCCCUGACCUCCCCUGUGGUGAUAGGGGGCAGGUGCUGGCCUUGCACGGCUGCUCCAGGGCCAGCAGCCAGCUGGAAAGCCAGGCCAGGGCUUGUGUUUAUGCUGGUGCACUACAGGGGGGAGGGAAGCAGUCACAGGACCCCUCCCCCCCCGUAGAGCCCUGCUGGGCCCAAACCCCGAUAGUGUAGACGUACCAAAAGAGAAUUUUCUGUAAUAGUUUUGAUGCCGGUGUGCCUCAGUUUCCUUCUGUACUUUGCAUCUCUGCCCAGUGGGUGCCAAAGGGUUAAAAAGCUGCUCCUGGGGCAGAGCAGGGACGGGAGGGGGGUGUCACAUGGCUGGGGGCAGGACCUGGGCGUUCAGUAUCAAAACCAGACCAACGGAGGCUCCACAAAGAAGAAGAGUUGGGUUUUGGUGGGACUCAGGAGCUCCCAGCUGGGACUGAAAGAGUUGGAGACAGGAUCCAGUUUUGGCUCUUUAGCAGCUCAGCUGGGUGGGGCCCUGGCCUGUGUCUUCACCUUCACUUCUCUCUGCUGCCCCAGGGACCUCCCAGGCCGGGUUCCCGGGGACCAAUAAACCGUGUGCUGUUUGGAAAAGGCUUUGGGAUGUCACUGCAAACACUGGCUGGGGGACACUGG